UAAAAAUGCCUAAGGAAAGAGAGGUUGUCUGUGAGUCGACGUCAGCUUUGCCAAUGGGAAUGAAGUUGAUUCUCAGAUACGCUGAGAAGAUAAUGGAGAAAGAUUCUAGUAUCACUAUUCCACUACCUGUUGGGAUUUUUGGUGUUAGUCGAAAGACUUCUGUUCUCCGAGAGGACAUCAUUGAUCUUUGUAACAUGAAUGAGGUCAAAACAUUUACAUUGGUGGCCUAUAUGACGUACUUGUAUUCAUCUGUUCUUGGUUCGAAGGAAAAUAUACAGUACGUCUUUGUAGAUCCAUCCCUCACCUCUGCCGGACACUCGCAAGAAUCUCGAGUUCGAAACUUAUGCAGUAGAUUGAUGGUCUCAAAGAUUAACGAAAUAGUUCUUGCUCCUUUUAAUCCUGGGUAAGUCAAGUUAUUUUAUUACUUGCAUUGCAAAAAACUAGUACU